AUGAAACUGCGUUCACAUGAAAUUCUUUCGACGCGCAUCAAUACGAAAUCGAUACCAAACAAACCAUCAUCACGUUUGAGGAAAUUAUUCCAUGGAAAAAAUCUCUUCAAGAAGAAAAUUCCUCCCGCAUCAUCAUCAUCAUCAACUGGAGCAACAACACCACUGUCGACUGGUUUACUUCACGGAAUUCCUGAUUAUGUCCGAAAAAGUUUUCUUCGUUAUUUGCUCGAGUCUCCAACUUCUUCUUCUUCAUCUUCGUCGAUUAUGCAGCAAAACUCUCCAUCACGAAACGUUCGACCACCAUUAAUGGGCAUUCAAGCAUUGAAAAAUAAAAAACAACAGCAUCGUCAUCAUCAGACGAAACGUUCGUUACGCACAAAAGCUCAACCUGUGCUUGACAAUAACCAACCGUUCGAAGAUUAUCCCGCACAGAACAAUUAUGACAUGACAAUUUUGCACAUGAAUUUCGAUGACGAAAGUGAUGAGAGUUCAAUAUUUGCCACGAAAUCAAGUACACAUCAGAAGAAACCAAUUCCCCAAUGGGCGAGAAAAAAUGAACUUCAAAUUGCUAUGUGUAAUCAAAUUUAUUUUCAUCGUAAUCCAAGUGAAAUCUUCGGAAAUACAAUUGACUGUUCUCCAGCACAUCUACGAACGAUUCUUCAUUCCAUGCUACCGAACGUUCAACUGCUAGAUGAUGAUCUUCCGCGUCCGACGAAUCCGAUACCUAUUAAUAGUAACAAAUCGAUAUUGGUCUAG